AUGGCCUUCCAAGCAACUAUCCCGCGGCCGAACGUUGCCGCUGUGACUACCGAUAUCUGGCCAUCGAUGUCUACCUUAUUAGCUACUCCCUGGAAGCAGGUCGUACGAACCCCAGCUAUCGGAGCCCACGAGACCACCCAAAAGACUCAUCGGGAACAAGUUGCGACGACCCCUGAGUGUGUCUCGCUGCCGGAGUUCUUGAACUCUGUACCUAUGCACGGACUCAAGACCAGCAUGAUCAACCAGCGCGCUCCCCGUGGACUGUCGUCCUUCUUGACCGGUGGCAACCCACUGUGGAAUUCGAACGCCUCCGCUCAUGUUCUUGCCUCGUCGACAGCUCGAUCCUUUUCGACGCUGACACCUUUCCGCCUCAACGAUACCCGUGCACCGAUCAAGGUCAAUGGCCUUUCCAAGGUUCAACAGCAGCGAUUCCUCUUUGGCAGCUCCCGUUCCUCCCAGAACAUGCUGGCCCAGAAGGAGAAGACUGCGAACAACAACCCGAACAGCGCAAACGCCCAAAAUGCAUUUUACCAGGCCCUUUUACGUGCGGAUAUGCCUCGGAUUAUCGUCGAACGCCACCAGUCCGCUCACUUUGCCAGCAACGACCUGACUGAGAACAUAUACAACAAGGCGCUGGGCCAAGUCGCCCGCAACUCUGCCUUCGGCGGAGCUGCUCCGCGGGGAAAUAUGGAUUCUCUGAGUCAGGAUCAACUGCAGGCUGUUGGUCAAGCGCUUGCUGCGCGUAGCAGCGGUGGUCAAAUCGGUACAGCUAGCAGACAGGUCGGCACUGGUGCCAAGGAUGCUCCCCUCUACGUGGUAGUGGAUGAAUCCAUGGGCAGUGCUGUCUUCCGCUGGGUCAAAUUCUUCUUCUUCUUUGGAUUCUUCGCCUACGUUUCUCUGAUCCUGAUUACUGUUCUGGUUGAAACUACUGGUAUCCUGAAAAACGUCCGCGGCACGCAGAACAACGAAGCGCAGCCUCAGCAACAGACAGUUCGUUUCAGCGAUGUCCACGGCUGUGACGAGGCCAAGGACGAGCUGCAGGAGCUUGUCGAAUUCCUUCUGAACCCUGACCGUUUCUCCUCUCUCGGUGGUAAGCUCCCCAAGGGUGUUCUCUUGGUUGGCCCUCCCGGUACUGGUAAAACUCUGCUUGCCCGUGCCGUGGCUGGAGAGGCUGGUGUACCCUUCUUCUACAUGUCCGGAUCUGAAUUCGAUGAGGUAUAUGUCGGUGUUGGUGCCAAGCGUGUUCGUGAUCUCUUUACUCAGGCCCGUAGCAAGUCUCCUGCGAUUAUCUUCAUUGACGAGCUUGAUGCCAUUGGUGCCAAGAGAAAUGAACGCGAUGCCGCCUAUGUCAAGCAGACCCUGAAUCAGCUUCUGACAGAGCUGGAUGGUUUCUCCCAGACUAGCGGUGUGAUCAUUAUCGGUGCUACUAACUACCCUCAACUCCUGGAUAAGGCUUUGACCCGCCCUGGUCGUUUCGACCGCAAGGUGGUGGUCGGUCUUCCCGAUGUUCGUGGACGUAUGGAUAUUCUCCGUCACCACACGAAGGAAGUCCAGAUCAGUACUGAUGUUGAUGUUGCUGUGAUUGCUCGUGGUACUCCUGGCUUUUCUGGUGCUGACCUCGAGAACCUGGUUAAUCAGGCUGCUAUUCAUGCUAGCCGUGACCGCAAGACCAAGGUCGGACCCUUGGACUUCGAUUGGGCUAAGGAUAAGAUCAUGAUGGGUGCUGAGGCUAGGAGCCGAAUCAUCCAGGAUAAGGAUAAGCUCCUGACAGCCUAUCACGAAGCCGGUCACGCCCUUGUUGCCUACUUCUCGUCGUCUGCUACUCCGCUUUACAAGAUCACCAUUGUUCCCCGUGGAAUGGCUCUUGGUAUCACUCAUUUCCUGCCCGAGAUGGACACCGUGUCGCGAAACUACACCGAGUAUCUCUCGGACAUUGCCGUUGCCAUGGGAGGCAAGGCUGCCGAGGAACUGAUUUUUGGUGAAGACAAUGUCACUAGCGGUAUCUCAGCUGAUAUCCAACAAGCAACCGAAACCGCUUUCACAUUGAUCACCCGAUUCGGCUAUUCCAAGAAGCUCGGUAACGUCGAUCUCUCAACUAACUACGACAGUCUCUCCUCAGAGACCAAGCAAGAGAUUGAAGCGGAAGUCCGUCGCCUUGUCGAGGAAGCUCGCGGUCGCGCAAACAAGAUCCUUACUGAAAAGCGCCACGAACUCGAACUUCUAUCAAAGGCUCUGAUCGAGUACGAGACGCUUACAAAGGAGGAGAUGGAACAGGUUCUCCGAGGAGAAAAGCUUGACAAGCUCAGCUCAUCACCCAGUGCCCCUCUUAAGCUCCCUGAUGCUCUUCAGGCUACUACUCUGAAGCCGUCAACCGCGGCAGAGGAACCUCGCACUGCAACUGAGUAA